AUGACAAUGUUUGCUGACAUUCUGUUCCAGAACCCUGCCACCCGCCGUCCCGCUACUCGUUCUCGCAAUGACGAGAACGCCGCUCCCCAACCGUCCAUCCGUAACAAGCCUUCCCUGUCCCACCUGGGUCCUGCCCAAAAGACCGCCGUCUCGGGAGCUUCCGCUGCCGCUGCCGGCAAGAAGCCUGUCGCGGCCAAGGUCGGUGCGAAGAGAACAGCGCUCGGUGGUGUGGCGGUCAAUGCAAAGGAAGACGGUGUCGAGGGAAAGAAGCCUCUGAAAGCCACCGCUGGCAAGACUGUUGCCGAGGUCCGUCAACCACUUGCCUCCCGCAACAACGAUGCGCAAUCCGCACGCCCUAUCGCGGCCAUCCCUUCUCGGUCAAAGACCUCUGCCCCCAUCUACUCCUCUCUCGACAGCAAACUCUCCCUUGAGGACGACUUUCAGAUGGAGGGUGACUUUCGGCGACAACAGACGCUCUCUGUCCCUCAAGGCAUUGACACUGUCGAGGAAGAGUACUUGGACGAAGACUCUGAGGAGGACGACAUGGAGGAAGAGGACGAGGAGGACUGGCUGAGGAUGCCCGAAGAGGACGCGAUCAGAGCGCAAGAACAGCUCGAUGUCAUUCAAGCAACAUUCAAGGACGAGGUCGACCUUUUCGACACCACCAUGGUUGCCGAGUAUGCCGAUGAGAUCUUUGGCCACAUGGAGAUGCUUGAAGAGUCUGUCAUGCCUAACCCGAGGUACAUGGACUUUCAGACCGAGAUUGAAUGGACCAUGAGGACGACACUCAUCGACUGGCUUCUCCAGGUCCACCUCCGUUACCACAUGCUUCCCGAGACCCUCUGGAUCGCCGUCAACAUCGUUGACCGUUUCCUUUCCGUUCGAGUGGUGUCUCUCGUCAAGCUCCAACUUGUCGGUGUUACCGCCAUGUUUAUCGCUGCCAAGUACGAAGAGAUCCUCGCGCCUUCAGUAGACGAGUUUGUCUACAUGACCGAGAACGGUUACACCAAAGACGAAAUUCUCAAGGGCGAGCGUAUCAUCCUCCAGACUCUCGACUUUACUGUUUCAUCCUACUGUUCGCCCUACUCUUGGGUCCGACGUAUCUCCAAGGCCGACGACUAUGACGUGCAAACCCGAACACUAAGCAAGUUCCUUAUGGAGGUCACCUUGUUGGACCACAGGUUCCUCAGGUGCAAGCCUAGUAUGAUUGCCGCUAUCGGGAUGUACUUGGCGAGGAAGAUGCUCGGUGGUGACUGGAACGAUGCCUUUGUCUUCUAUUCGAACUUUACCGAGUCUCAACUCAUCACCGGUGCUUCCUUACUGUGCGAGCGCCUCGUCGAGCCCGACUUUGAGUCUGUCUACGUCUACAAGAAGUAUGCCAACAAGAAGUUCCUGCGAGCUUCAACCUUUGCCCGUGACUGGGCUUUGAACAACACCUCGUGA